AUGGGAGGAUUGGGGAAGACAACUUUCACCCAAUUAGUCUUUAAAGAUGCACAAGUUCAAGCCCAUUUUGAUAUCAAAGCUUGGGUUUGUGUCUCAGACCCUUUUGAUAUCGAGAUUGCAAAGGAAAUCCUUGAACUUGUCAGUGGAAUAAAAUCUCAAGAUAGUUCAAAUGUGUUGCAAAAAUUGUUAGAAAGCAUCCAAGAAAGAAUAAACGGCAACAAUUUUCUCCUCGUGCUAGAUGAUGUGUGGACAAAAGACCAAACAAAGUGGGAGAGUUUAAGGUUACCAGUACUAAUGCAAACCUGUUCUGAAGGCAGUAGAAUUCUGGUGACCACUCAAAAGCAGGAGGUUGCUCGAAUGAUGAGAGCAACCAGGGACAUGAUCACUUUGGAGAAGUUGAGUCAUUUAGAUUCUUUGGAACUAUUCUAUAAUGUUGCAUUUCUGGAUAGGGAACAAGAUAAGUCCAACAAGGGGUUUGGAGAUAUUGCUGAGAAAAUUGUUAGAAAAUGUGACGGUUUGUCUCUCGUUCUGAAGACUUUAGGUGGUCUGUCAUUGCAUAAGCAAACAAUUAGAGAAUGGGAAGAAGUUUGA